AUGUGUUCUUUCCUCAAAACAGAUUAUGAUAUUUGGCGACGUCAACUCGGUGGACCUGGAGUACAACCAACAUCAAAAACUAAAAACGGUAUAAUAAGUCAGUAAAACUAAUUAAUAACUAAUUAAUAAUUCAUAGAGCAAAAAUCCAAUUCCAGGUACGUAAACAAAAUUUAUAGUCACGUGCAUCAGCAUGCAUGCGCCUUAGUGGUCAAAAAUACAGUAGAACUUUGUUAUUUAAAUUAGACAAAGAUUUUCAUGAAAAGAUUUUUUAUUUUGGAAGUCAUGAAUAAUUAAUGAAUAAUUAAUGAUAUAAUACUUACAAACCAAGCCAGGGGGCUUUAUUAUUUUUAUAUUCAAUUUAUCGUCUUUCUACAAUUGUGUUUAGAGCUUGUAUAUAUAUUAUAUAUAUAUUGCCAAUGCUAAUACCCUUACAUGCAUAUAUGCUGUACCUAUCCAUUACCAGUGCAUUGCAGUGUUCUUAAUUAAAGAAACUUAUAUAAUAUUUCAUAACCUCAAAAUAAGCUGUAUAUACCUCCGCCAUGUUUUUGGCGAUACUCUUUCAUGCCGAGCACUUCCUCCAGAUAUACUAUAGCUCAGUGUUAUUAAAAAUCUAUCCAUUACCAAUGAUGCUAAACAAACGUCUCACAUAUUUCAGGUUGCCGUAAAGAUAUUCUCAUCAUUGUGGACAGUUCCAAUUCUAUUGGGACAACAUUUUUCGAAAACAUACGGAAAUUCCUAUUAAAACUUGUCGAAAAAUUGAACGUGCGUGAAGAUGGCACACACCUUGGUUUCAUCACAUUCUCAAGUGCAUCUAGAACCAAGAAAUUGUUGGACGUUGGCGAGAAAACAAAUCCAAAAAAGUUACAAGAGUGGUUGAACAGUUUGAACUAUAAAAACAAACUGAUGGGCGGUUAUACCAGGACAGGUCUUGCAUUUGAGAUAGCAGACAAAGUAAGUCAACGUUUUGCUUGUACAACACACCAUAUUAAAUAGACACCUUGAUAUCAUGGAUUGUAAAAUAACUGGAUAGGAAACUUCUGACGUCAUUGACCUCAUCCUUGUUGAAAAACGUGACGUCAUGCGUAUUGCGAAUAUUACCAAAGUUCUCGGCAUUUUUGUUGUUUUGCUAUAUUUUCCACUUUAAAAGGGUGAUAUUGAAGCAUAAACUGGUCUAAUUGUUUUAAAAACAUGCCUAAGCCACGACAAAAUAUUCAAGGUAAAUGUUUUCGCCUUUGUUUUGUAUUUUUUUCCAUUUGUAGCUACGAAAUUGGCGUCACAAAUUUUAACGAAAUUUGCGAUGUAUUUUUCACUGCUUAGUGCUUGAAAUAUUUGCUAAAAUUGACUGGGAGUACUUAAUUAGAGUUUUCAUCGUAGAAUGGCGUGGUUAUAUUUAUUUGCUCUUUCACUAAAAUGUUUAGCUGAAUUAUUGCUAAACAUGCCGUUUUUGAGAAUUUGGUAUUCAACCAGGUUGGGACAUCCAACGACGCCAUCAGCCCAUUGAAAACAUUAGGUCACGUCAGCUAGUUUCCUAUCCAUUUAUUUUAUUAUCCAUGUCCACAUAUAGUUAAUGAAUGAAAAUACAUGGUUAGGAAACUUCUAAAACUUCUUUGUUUUAGGAUCACAGUUAAGAAUUAUUUUAUGUUGCUAUUGUUUUGCAUCUAUACUAUUCUAUACUAAAGCGGUUGAUGCUUGAAAGGCAGGAAAAUGUUUUAUAUUUGUUAAACAUAAAACUUUUUCCGUGUUGAUAUACACUGCAGUUAUAUCAACACGAGUGGGAAUUGGGAAAACGAGAAAUUGUGUGGAAACACGAUGCCCGAAGGGAGGAGUAUUUUCACGCAAUUUCGAGUUUUGCCAAUUUCCACGAGUGUUGAUAUAACUGUGUAUAUAUAUAUAUAUAUAGAACGAGAGAACGUCUGCAGUUGGAUGAUUCCUUGUUCUGGUCACGUGGAUUUUCCCCAGAUUUGUGGAAAGGCCUCUGAUUGGACAGUGCUUUAUUUGAAUAAUAUAUGACAAAUGAAGAUAUUUCGUUGGUUAUUGAUAAUUAGCAUGCGUUUAAAAUAAUAACACAAUUAAAUUCAGAGAUUUCCAGAUCAAGCAUCAAAGAUUUCCUUCGGGACAUACAAAGGUUUGCCGAAAGACAUGAAAUAAUCUGAAAACAAUACACCAGAAAUAUAUUGCAUACCUUUCUCGAUCAAGGGAUUUGUUUUGAAUGCGAACAAUGCUGAACGAUGAUCAUAGCCGGCAAGUCUGGUGUACAUGCAAGCUCAGUUCUUGGCGUACAUAUGGCGUAUAGUUGUUUACAAAUGGUUAUUCAAAAGGUGCAUUUUAAAGUAAUUAAAAGUUAACUGGCCAAGUAAGACGAAGUUGAACACAUUAAAGAAAAUGCUUUGUCGCGUGGGGUCGGGACAUAUAAACAGAUUGUCAAUUUUAAUAAUUGCAAUUAUAAAUUGUCAAUUUCCGUCCGAUAGUUUGUUGGGUUUUAUAUAUUUGUUGUGUUUUAUAUAUUUGUUCGCCGAGUGUCCAAACACUAGAAUUUUAUCUUGAUUUUCUUUAACUUCGAUACAGCACAAAAUUAAACUCAACAGAUUAUAUUUCGAGUCUUUCAAACCUUUAUAUGCCCCGAAGGAAAUCUUGAUUCUUAAUCUGGAAAUCUCUGAAUUUAAUUGUUAUUUUAGCGCAUGCUAAUUAUCAAUUAACCAAUGAAAUAUCUUCAUUUGUCAUAUAUUAUUUAAAUAAAUCACUGUCCAAUCAGAGACGUUUCCACAAACCUGAGGAAAAUCCACGUGACAUGCAGAACAAGGAAUCUUCAUCCAACUCACAGAAGUUCUCUCGCGCUCUUUGUCGAGAGUAACGUCUGUACACAGGCUACCAACCAAUCGAAUUAAAUUACAAAAUUCAACUAGCCAAUCAAUUGUUAGAAACAUACAAACAGAUCACUCGUAAUCAACUUGUUUUUAAAGAUGUUUAGUCAAACAAGCCCUUUGAAUAACCGCGAUACAGUAGAGGAUGUUAUAUUGUUGUUGACCGACGGAGAACCACAUGCCUCAGGAAGGGACGGAGGAGACGAAGGGGAGAGAAAAAUGGUUGUUAAGGAAACAAAUAAACUAAAGGCGAAGAAAGUUAAAAUCAUCGGCGUGGCAGCUGGAACAUCCAAGCAGAAUAAAAAGUUUAAGACGUACAUCCAAAGCUGGGUAACUAGAGGAACCAAAGUAGCAGAAAUGUCGUCGUUGCGCAAGCAGAAGCGCGACAAAGUUGUGGAUGAAAUAGUGAAUAUGCUAAUUAGUCCUUUGUGCAAUAAAAAUACAGUCCCAGGUAAGUGCUGCAGAGGUAGAAAUUUACCCCAUAAACCAAUUUCGAGUUCCCACUGCCAUCCGAAUGACGCGUUCUCAUGCGUUGGGAGAAAUUGCAGCCGAAGCGCUGUGAGUACGGGGCAGUGAGAUCCUAUGAGAAAAGUGAAGCUAAGAUGGCGGCCAUUGAUGUCCAAUAGCCCUAAAGGUCGUAUACAGUUUUUAUACCAUUUUGCCCAGCUCAAUCCGUCCGUUUUUUUUCCUAACGGACCGUAUCGCUAACCGAGUUAUCAGUUCAUAAAACCAUAGUGUUAUUCUUUAAAUCGAUGUCAAAACACAAAAUUUUGGCACACUCCUUGCUAAGAUGGCGGAAAUUGAAGGAGCUAUGGACGUCAGUUCCAGUCCUUUUCUAUUGUUUUUGUCUGCGCGGUUAACACGAAGCUGGCUUCACUUUUUGAUACGAGUUCUUUCUUCAUGGAGCUCGCUGGUAUAUGUGGGCGUUUCAGAGACUCUAAAUUUCAUAAUUUUCAUGGGGAAACAUGCCCCCAUACCCAUUUGCUUGCGCUGUAAUUUAAUAGCUUAUGCAAUAAAAAAUAGGGUUAAGCAUUAAAAUAACCCGAGAAUAUCAUCAAAAUAUAAAUUAAUGUUCCCUUGUUGUGACGAUCAGAGUUAUGCAUAUCCAAGAUCGCGAAUAUUUUUUAAACCAAGAACGAUAAAGAAAAUCUUUAUGAAGCUUAUGAAAUAUAUUGAAUCUCUCUUCUAAAUAGAUGAACUCUUUUAGAGUUCUGUUAGAAUCUAUUACUAUUUCCAUUUAACAUGAGUAUCAUUUUUCUUUUAUUUCCAGGCGAAUGCAACUGCAAAGGCGAUAGUGGUGGAACAGUUACAGAAUAUAUGAAAAAAGAUGAACCCACAACCCAGGUUGAAUGGGUAGUCCCAAUAUCAUGCACCGGGGGUGCUUCUUAUACCGUGUAUCCACCUGGUUCUAAAUCUGGAGAUAAAUUUGGCCCGGGCAAACAUGUGAUUACUUACUCGAGCUCGUACAUUAACAAUGCUGGAAAGAAUGUAGAUGUCAAAUGUCCUGUUCAGUUAAUUGUUGUCGGUAAGUGAUAAUAACUAAAGAUAUUUUACAACUUUUUAAUCAGUAUCUUACAAUUCGCAUAAAGAUUAUAAAAGGGGGAGCAUUGCGGGAUAGAUUCACUAAAAAGAAACGAACAAAUUGACAUAGAGAUGAUAAAAUAAUAAAUCUCGGGCAUUGAAGGAAAACUUCAGGCUUGCCAAAAUUCCAGGACAAAUUGAAGCUCGCUAUAACUGGGGGCAAAUUUGAGUUAUACCAUGCAGGAAGCAAAACCAAGAAAAUCCAUCAUUCACCUCUUGGCUACAAUUCAAGUAUUCAAUCCUGAUUUUAUCAACAGUCCUGACUUGUUGUACAUAUAUUUGUGACGAAAUUUUAAGAUGUUUUUAUAUCGUGGAAAAUGAUUAAAAUUUACGAAGACACCGCUCUUCUACCGUUUCAAGAUUUGCUUUGUAUUAAAAGUCCACGUAAUCUUGUUGAUUUUGAACUUUUAAUCCUCGUUUAAACUAUUGCUAGAAUGUUUUCAAAGUUGUAUAUAUUAUUUUCGUAAUUUCCCGCUCCUCCUAUAAACAUCUAUAUUGAAAUUUCGCGAAUUUUAGCCAAGAAAGGUUUGCUAUAAGCAUCACUUAAAAACGUAAUGAAAUGUUAAAAUGUUAAAAUACUAAAUGUUUAAAAUACUAAAAGUUUUAAAAAUUCUAAAAAUCCCUUUCGACACUAGUUCUAUAUUAAUUGGCGUUUACUAGUUUCGUCGUUAGACCUCUUCAGAACCCGCCAUUUUUUUUACGAAACUAGUAAACGCCAAUUAAUAGAACGAGUGUCAAAAGAGGUUUUUAGAAUUUUUAGAACUUUCAGUAUUAUAAACAUUUAGUAUUUUAACAUUUCGUUACGUUUUUAAGUGAUGCCUAUAAACAUCGCGGCUUUGCAUCCGGGAAUGAGAAUUUACAUCCCGGCAACGAGAUCUUAUAUAGCUAAUCAGAGAGCGUUAUUUGCCCCCAUUAGGAAGCUUCAAUUUCUCCCUCGAUUUUUCCUACAAUGCUCCACUCUAUUCUUUUAUAAUCUCUAUGGGUAUUGCGUUCAAUAAAUUCAGAAUAAAAUGGAUCAUAUAUAAAGGAAUAGUUUUAUCACUAAAUUCGGGUGUUUUGGUUCAUUUAUAGCCUGCUCGCAGCCCGAAAUUGUUCGGGCUGCGAGCAGGCUAGUUCAUUUAGGGCGACUGAAAGCUUCGUUUAUAUUCAUUUUAUUGUCGCUAGGAUUGUCACGGCAGUAUUGCUAUAGGAAGAUUUCAAUGUUGUCAAUUGGCGUGCGAUCAUACAUCCGGGACUUGCAAUCGCUGGCGAUUAUGACGCAACUCCUUGAAAAAUACAUGCAGUGCACCAUUGAAAAUACAAUAAAGGCACCUUUGCAGCUGGCCUAAAAAUCCUUUGCAUAACAAUAUCUGGAGGGCAAACAAAAUUGUGCUUUGUCUUACCCCUUUGUUCAAAUUUAAAAAUCCUACGGCUUUCCGUGCUUUCCAGUCACAUAUUGUUCUCGACUAGUUUUAGUUAACUGCAAAGAGCCUAUUUGUUCCUCGCGCAAUUUCCACGCAAUUUCCUCUAUGGCCAUUCAUGCAAUUUGGUAUGUGAUAGUUGUUUUAAUUUCUUUAUUUAGCCUGUGGAUGUCCUUCUGACAAUGCAGUCACUAUACGCUCACCCCUCGAUUCAACAAAGCCAAUUAGAUAUCCGGUCAGUUGGUCCAAACCUAAGCCUGUUUGCACGCCCAAAAUCGGUCAAAUCAAAUUAUUACGGAUACCCAAACAUAUUUGGGAGGAUUAUUCAGCUGGUCAAUAUACUUACACGUACAAGUACAGAGUGGCGGGCAAGUUUGAUCUAGAAUGUGAUGUGAAGUUUGCUGUCCCAUGA